CCACCCACAGUGCCACACACACACAACACAAGUACACAACACAGCAACCGACAUCGCUCACUCCGUCUUCAGACAACAAAAACAUAGACAAAAACACAAAACACAGUUUUAGGCAAUAAAAUCUGGGGCUUCUGAAACUGUUUCCGGGAAACAGUCCCUAAGCUUAAAAAAAAAACACUUUCCAAAGGGAGGGGAAACUACAAAAAGAUCUUGUGGAAGAAGAAAAUAAAAUUUUGCAAGUAGAAAUACUGAAGAUGAACCAAGCCUACCAAGGGAGUAACCCUGAUGGUUCAGCAGAUGUCCCCGUGAAGCGCAAACGUGGUCGCCCGCGGAAGUAUCCAAAGCUCGAUCCUGAAGAGAAAGCUCAUGCCCCAAGGGAUCCAAGUCUAAACCGUGCGGAGAAUAAUCGUGCCCCUCCUGGAUUUGAAGGGACAAAUGGAAAUCAGUCCCGACAAGUUGAUCCAGUUGAUGAUGGAAAUGAUGUCAUGCUGGGCCAGCCAGUUUCUGGUGUCAUCGAGGCAGCAUUUGACGCAGGAUAUUUGCUGAGUGUUAGGGUUGGCAACUCUAGUACCACUUUGAGGGGUGUUGUCUUUAAGCCUGGGCAUUAUGUGCCUGUUUCAGCUGAGAAUGAUGUGGCCCCAGACAUUAAUAUGAUCAGGCGAAAUGAGAUUCCCCUCCCAUCAGAAAUUUACACUCAGGUCCAUGCCAAUAACCCUCGGUCCAGAGAGAGGGAGCAGAAUUCCAAUUCUCAUAGAAAUGGAACUCAUUCAUUCAAUGAAUUACCAAUCAUCAACCAGGUGCCUAGAGUUGUACCCCAGUCUGCUAAUGUAGUGGCCAAAGUCAAACAGGUGCCUUUAGUUGCAGCCCAAACUACUCACCCUGUAAUCCCAAGGGGUCACGUAGUGCCUGUUGUACUCCAACCUGCUACUUUAUCAAAUGGGAUAGCACUUGCCAACAUACCAUCUCCAGUUGCUACCCAAGCUGCUCAUUCAACAGUCUCAAAGAGCAAACAGGUUGUGAGAGCUCAUACAUCAGAUGGUUCAACACUCAAUAACCAGUUGCCAGCCGUUGGGAACCAAGCACCUUCUUCUCAACCUAGCAAACAGUUCACACCAAAAAACUUGCAAAGUGAAAAUGUUCCUUCUAAUCAACCACCAGCGGAGUCCCUGACAGUCAAAGGUUCUGACCACAGCCAGGUAGAUGAAGUUAAUGACAUGGAUCAGCCCCUCUUCAUCGAGCCCCUGCAAUCUGUACAGCCUGAUCUUCAUAACCAUCCUAAGCCCGCAAAGAAACCUUCUGAGAAUCAUGUAACUGGCAAAAUGACUGAACUGUUGCAGGCUUUGCAGGAAAACGCAAUGGAGAAGAACCGGGUGCCUCAGGCUGAAGAGCCAGUAGCCGAUUCUGGACUGAAAUCAGACGAGCAGAGUAGCCCAGAAAAUGGUAAUCCAAACAAAAAAUCGAGAUCAUCAAGUGUCUGAUUUGGUAGAAUCCACCUUGACAUGGUAUCUUAUCCCUGCAAUUUUCGUAAUACCUCACAUGAAGUGCCAGAAUGACUGACUGGAAUCAAGUCAAUUAAAUGACCAUGUAGAAGGUUGUGAUCUUAGCAUAGGGCUGUGGAUGAUCCAUAUAUGGUUAAACCUUCAGGAUCCAACCUUGUUACUUUAUGCCUUUUCAGGUUAUUGUUCUAAAGUCCUUUUAGCAUAGUGUUUGUACUUUAGUCACAGUAGAGUAGUUUGUUGUUGAAUACCUGUACUGCUUAUAUUCACAAAUUACUUCCAUUGAUGUUGUACUGCUAUCAGGCUAUGUUCAUAAUCAAAGUUCCCAGGCAUUUGGAAUA